ACACAGACAGUGGUGUUGAUGAACGAUCUUGCCACCGUACUGGACAUGAAGGGCCAUCAGGACCGGGCCUAUGAAUACGUGACAAGAGCCUCAAACCUGGCGAGAGAGACCAGCCACCCAGACCAAUGUGUGAUUCUCAGUAACUUGGCCAGGGUUCUAAUGCACAGAGGGCAGUACCAUGAAGCCAGGCUUGUUUAUGAAGAGGCUUUGACACAAGCAGAGUCAAAGGCUGACAAGCCAGUCAUUCAACAUAUUCGCAAUGGAAUGGAGGAACUGAAGGCUAAGGCUCAGAAAUCUCAGGAAGUCAGGGAAAGUACUCAUUAAAUGGAAGAACUUAA